AUGAGCGUGGGAUUAUUUAUACUCCUUUUCACUGCACUCAUCUGCCUUCCUGCAGUCCUCAGAGGCGAACCCACAAUCACCUUGUCCCCACUGGCGCGUGUUAGGCGUCAGUACGACGGUCCGCCGGCCUUCUUUGCCCCCGGAGGUGUUAACGACGAUCACGAGUCACAGGCCCCCCUGAUGCUGGACUUGCUGCACAAUCUGACGACUGUCAAUGGACCCAAGGGACGCUGUGGCAUCUGUGCACGAAGGUAUCGUGUCCUUCAGGAGCUGCGGUACAAGGCCAGUGAGGAAUGUCGGCGUUAUUCUAACAGUCGACAGGCCUCUCUCGGUGAUAUCACUGAAUUCUAUCAUACGGUAAGUUGCGCAAGGUCUGGAAUUUUUAACACACGUAACGAGAAGUUGGAGUUUUUCUUUCAAUUAUAGCCCUUUAUUGCCAUUAGGGGCUUCCUGUGCGAUGUGAAUGGCCCGGAUAGGACGAUGGCAAGAAAUCUAGGCGUGAUACCACCCGUAGUGGAUGUGUUCCACCAUAUCUCUGACAUUGAAAGUCUGUUUCGUCAAAAAAUGCUUUGGUUUGACCAUUACAGGUAUCAAUACUUCGCAGAAAGCUAUCGGUCGUUUGGCUGUUGUUGUGUAAAGCAAACGGAGUGUUAAACUAGAGUAAGACAUGAGAAGUCAGAUAAACGUGAGCUGUUUUAUUGAAAUAUCCAUCGCACACUUGGUUUUUACACCAAUGAAAAAAACUUGCUGCUCGUCCCAGCCUGGCUUUACUCCAAGAAAUUUAGGGUUUGGUCAGUGCAUUUUUGUUUGUGACCUUUUUGGUGCAUGGGAGGGCAGAGUCAUAACAAAGUAUCCAACCGAGCGGGACCGUGAAAAUGGUUGACCGACAGAGCGCAAAACAUUAAGGACAAUACAGGACAUUUAGUUAUGAAGAUGGUUGAUUAUUUAGAGCCGUCUGAAAACAUAAUAUACACUCAUUAGCAUUUAAAGAAGACGGAAUUUCAAGAUUUAUUUUGCAUGAAAAGCACAAAUUGUUCAAAACUUAUUAGGAUUGCUCAGCCUGGUGUUACCAAACUUGCGAUUUCCAGCUCGGUUGCGAUUCUCUCUCAGUGGGUCUGAGAAUGUAUUUAAUUCUUAACCUUAUUAUGGUACUGCAAUGUUCGGGGUUCCUCUUCCCUAUCUUACUUAUUUUACUCAUUUUCUACUGGUUUUUUGCAAAACUAUGCACAGUAAUGACAAUGGAGUGCCCUAAAAAGGAUACUUUCGAAGCAUGUAAUGUUUUUCGACGUAGACAACCCACAGUUGGAAAACGGGCUUUCUGUGUGAAGCAAAUUGGCUGCUGAAUUGCUGCUUAUCUCGUAACUUCAUGUUUAAUUCUCUUGAAUAUAAUAAAGUUUUCGCGGACAGUAGCCGUCUGGCUAACUAGCUCCAGGACGUGUAAAUAGUUUCAAAUAACCGAAAGAGCUUUCUAGCAGGAUUUGCUAGUGGUUUCGUUGCGCUAAUCGGUGUCUUCAAACACUUCGUUCGCAUUCGGGUCAUUUUAUCGCACUGCUUUAAAACAUACACGGUAGCAGACGGUAUUUCGGAGCUAUUUUUUCACAUAUAUUCAUUAAGUCUCUGAAAGGCAUGGUUUACAUUAUCCAAGUAGGAGUCGAAACCAAUAACAUCACCUGUGUCCUUCGUCUCCCAGGACCUGAUUCAUGUUUCGGUUAGUCUGGAAUUGUGACGGAGAGUCAUAUCCACAGGACAUCAAACCUGUAAAUGAAUGAAGGUGUCGUCCCACUAUUCAGAAUAACGAGUUCGAACGGCGUCUAUCCAGGUCAGACUGCUGGCAGUAUACUCGGGUACUUGUGUUAAGAUUCAUUAAUUCGGCUGGCGACCGGACUUCUCUUGUCAUAUAAGGGCUAGUUGAUCAAAGGGGGGAGAUGGCAGCUUGCGUAAUAGAGCCCCACAGACUGACAUAGUUAUGUCUUAAAUACGUCUGUUUUUCUUUCAUUAAAGGUCUCCACUUGUGGCUUACCGAAAUGGACGUGGGAAGUGCAGUCAGUGAUCGAUCUCUUGAAAUGUAGACUGAAAUUUUGGAAUGUGUUUUCGAUUAGAAAGGAUUACUUGGGUGGGAUUGUUGCACCGAUGAUCGUGCAGCACAGUCCCAAGAUAUAUCGGUCACAUCCAGAUGCCGGCUUUCAAAUGCAUUCGUUUUCCAUCACUUGUAAAAUUUCCCUCGGUGAAGAAUGACUACUUAAGUAGCGUGGAGUUUU